AUGACGCCGACGCAGGUCUUUGGGCGAUGUCCGAUCGCCGAACGUGAUUUGAUGUGGACGGCGCGGCCUGACUUGUGGUUGUCGUCAGCGCGGACGUUUGCUGGGGUGACUCGCGCUGACGCGGCGCGAGUGAUGGAGCGCAUGGCACGGCUGUGCGAGAUGUCGGAUUACGCCCCGUUGGACGCCAGCCGCGUGGGGGCGCACUUGAAGAUGUUUCGGAGCGGCGGCCAUGACGACUUGGAAUGGCACAUCGGGAUGGUGUACGCCCUCGAGCACCAUUGGGUGGCGGGGGCGCACCCAUUGAAGUUCACGGCCUUCAAGGAGCGCAUGAAGGCCCAGUACCCUGGAUGGGUCGUGGACGUGGGGUUGACUGCGCGACGAGGAGACGAAACGAUGUUGGAGUACAUCAGCAGUUUCGUUUCCGCGUUUCUGGGACGAGGACGGGGUGGUCGGCACUGGAAGUGGCCGACGGCGACAUCGGAGUUGGCCAUGCCCUGA